AUGCUGUGCCGCAGUGCCGGUCUCAUCGCCCUUGCGCUGCGAGUUAUUCUUGCUGACGAGUUGAGUUGCGACUUCAAGCGGCCAUGUUGCUGGCAGUCGUUGAACGAAGAUGCGAAAUGGCUGGUACGAAGCGGUCGUUCCAUCAACAUCAACGAGUUUCGACGGACGUUUCUUGUUGGAAGAAGUCGCCUUCCGCCAGUCGGUAACUACCUGCUCCAAAAUGGCUUUGAAGGCCAGGCAGCGUUUGGUUCGUGUGCUUUCUGCUCCGCAGAUGGCAAGGUGACCAUUCAAUACAGGCAUUGGCAAAGCCCUACUGCACGACUGAAGCUGUGCUGGAGACGAUGGUACCAUCCCAUCCGAGACGAGAAUUGUUUCCGAGUGGAACCAUCGCGACAAAGUCAAAUUAUCAGCCAGCAGAUCACCGUGCCGAGCGGAAAGGAUAUUCAGGUGCUAUUCGUGGUUGAACGCAACGAGGGCAACGCGCAUGCGGUUGUAAUGCUUGACAGAGUUCUGGUAACAGUAACGAGAUGUAGUUCGAGCGAGGAAAAGAGUAUGGUAAGCGGGUACACCAUUACAAAGAUACUGAAGUAG